GUUCAAACAUUACUUAAUGACCCUGUUUUGCUUUUUAAGUACUUAUUGUAAUACUUGUAGCUCUGCCCGAAUAUUAAGCAGGCAGGCUUUCUGUUUCUUCUUCCAAAUUCUUGUGGUUACUAUUGAGAAUUUAAAAGUCCAGUUAGAAAAAAAGAAUCCAGUUAUAAUUGGGAAUUUUAAUCAGGAAAAGCAAUCAGAAUAGGAACAUUGUGUCAGCUAACGAAGGACAAUAGGUCCCAAAGGUUGGGAGGCCCUCUCACUAAGUGCCUGUCCCAAGGAAUGAGACAAGAACCAAUGAAUGUGAUGGGAAGGCCAGACUGUCCUCACCUCUGCCUGCUCUGCUUGGGGAUAUGUGAGGAUGACAAGAGAAUACAAGGUAAUAAUGAUGUAAAGUGUCAACACACUGAGUGGCUAGAAGGAUCUGGUGCCCAAGUGGUUGAAAAAGAGCUAUAGCAGAAGGAUUCUAAAUCAGGAAAAUUGAGUAACCACUUUAAGGAGGAAGUCAUUGAACCCUAUAAUAGUAAAAUUAUCAUAUAAAUGGGUUACAGUAAAUGCAUGAGAGAGUUGGACUUUAAAGACUGUGUCAUUUGGGAGUGAUGUAAAACUCCAUUCCAAAGAAUACUCGUGUCUCUGUAGUGGCUUGCUGAGCCAAGAAAACUAAUUUAUAAAGCUUUCAUCUGUUUUCUUAGGUCAGCCUGUGUUGGUUGCAAAAAAUAUGUUUGCUAUAUUUAGUGGUUUGUCAUCUUGCUAUUUAUAGACUAAAGAUUAUUUAUAGGGUGAAUAAACAGCAUGACAUUCAUUAUUCUUUUCAAUUUUAGUUUUCACAUGAUGAUUGCUCUUUUAAGUACCUCUUAUUUAACAGACAUCGUGUGGUGGGCCGGCACAAUUGCAAUGGCUGUUGGCCAGAUUGGAAACUUCCUGGCUUACACGGCAGUCCCCACGGUCCUGGUGACUCCCCUGGGUGCGCUUGGAGUGCCAUUCGGGUCCAUUUUAGCUUCUUAUCUUCUGAAGGAAAAACUCAACAUCCUGGGCAAGUUGGGGUGUCUGCUGAGCUGUGCAGGUUCUGUUGUGCUGAUUAUCCACUCCCCAAAGUCUGAGAGUGUGACAACGCAGGCUGAGCUGGAGGAGAAGCUGACUAAUCCAGUCUUUGUGGGCUACCUGUGCAUCGUGCUGCUCAUGUUGCUGCUGCUCAUCUUUUGGAUUGCCCCAGCCCAUGGGCCCACCAACAUCAUGGUCUACAUCAGCAUCUGCUCCUUGCUGGGGAGUUUCACCGUGCCUUCCACCAAGGGCAUUGGGCUGGCAGCCCAAGACAUCUUGCACAACAACCCAUCUAGUCAGAGAGCCCUGUGCUUGUGCCUGGUGCUCCUGGCUGUGCUGGGCUGCAGCAUCAUCGUCCAAUUCAGGUACAUCAACAAGGCUCUGGAGUGCUUCGACUCCUCCGUGUUUGGGGCCAUCUACUAUGUGGUGUUCACCACACUUGUCCUGCUGGCUUCAGCCAUCCUCUUCCGGGAGUGGAGCAACGUGGGUCUGGUGGACUUCUUGGGCAUGGCCUGUGGAUUCACGACGGUCUCCGUGGGGAUUGUCCUUAUACAGGUGUUCAAAGAGUUCAAUUUCAAUCUUGGGGAAAUGAACAAAUCCAAUAUGAAAACAGACUAGAAUGCAACCAGGGGUUGGGGGCUUGAGGAACAGGCCUCAGAGGUGGUCUCUGGUCCUGAUUGGAUGUGAAGUAGAAGAGACCCUCAAUCCCUGAUGUGAGAAUUGCCUGUGUACUAAUGGGUGGUCGAGUGGACAGUGGGGAGCCUGGUUCAGCAGCAGAGCAGGGGCCCAGCCCUCUGUAGCCUGAUGCUCCCAGUCGUUGCCUGGGCAUCAUCUCUCUCUGAUGAGACGAAUCUCAUUUUCAUUUCCAUUAACCUGGAAGCUUUCAUGACUACUUUUUCCUUUUAAAACAUUUUAACAUGAUUUAAUGAGUAAAUAAAGAUGGGCUCUUCCUGGUUAGUCUUUGCAGGAGAGCAAAUGUUCUUAAUUAGAAGAUUACUCUGGAAAUGAGAAAAAUUCUUGUCUUGAAAUCUGGCUCUGUACAGUAAAUGUGACUGUUGUUGUGUUAGUUUGCAUUGAGCAUGUAUAACAUUCAGGUACCUCAUUCACAUAAGAGGUAUAUACAUUGAAUUGUUUUUAAUUCUCUAACAAAUAGGCUCUCUCCUGCACCCACCCAAGACAUUUUAAUAGCAAAUAGAGAGAGAACAGUUAAUGAAUGUGAUGCAGUGUUCCAUUGGCAGGAUGACCUUUCAAUAGCUCAAAUCAAUUUCAGUGCCUUUAUCACUUGAAUUAUUCACUUAAUUUGACUAUUACUGUAUGUUCUCUUAAAUUAGAAUAAUGCCACUUCCUUGGUUAUACCUUAACAUUUCAAUGUUCAAAUUAUAAAUAAUUGUAAAGCAAUUAGAAAUAAUUGUGUAUUGGAGGAGUGUCAAAACUAAAGGCACAUGAGCAGAUUGACCCAUUUAGCAUGUAGUUAUUGUCCAAGUAAAGACAAUUGAUUAAGUAGCAUGAGGUAUUUUAUUUGCAUUCAACCUAUGUAAUUGGGAUCCAGUAUCAAAUAUAUACACAGCAAGCAUUUGUGGCCAUCCAGAAGAAAUAAACUAUUUAACUUGAUAAUAAGGCUAUUAAAGGAGAAAAAAAGUGUUUAAUAGCACAUAUGUUGAGAACCCUUUUUAAUACAGAACCAAGUUGGAACACACAUAGUUUCAAAGGAGUUUCUAACAAAGAUGGAAACAGUUUGAUUUUCUUGUUUCAGAGUAGAACAUUCUUGAGUUCCUCACCCAGCAUCUCACUAAAUUUCCUGAGUGAGCAUGAGGCUCUGGAUUUGAUUCCCCGUGCCAGAAACAAAACAAAACAAUUCUUAAAUGUAAAAUGGCAAUUAAUUAUGCCAACAUUUGGAUAAAAGAGAUCUUUCUUCUGUCCAUAACAACCUCCCAUGUGUAUUAAACUGGAGCAGAACACGAAGUGAUGCAAAAAUUUCAUCACUAUAUUGUCUGAUUCACAUGCAGUGUUUUAUCUGAAUAGGGAACUAUGCUAAAUUGAAAGGUGGGCUUGGGUAAAGUAGAUUAGGUGAAAUAGAACUUGAAAUUUAAUAAUAUCCAACUAUAGUUACUUUAAAAAGGUGUUUUUCUCCAGGCAGAAAGAACAUUUCUGAAGUAAAAAUCCAAGGAAUACCUCCCUAAAGUUUUGAACAAAGAGACCAAAUAAAAUGAGACUAGUUUAACAUGAAGCAAAAAUAUACCUUUAUGAAUUAAAAGUACAUGUGAUCAUCCUGGUUUGUCAGUGAUUUGUGAAGAGCAGCCACAAAAUAAUUUCAAAAAAUUUAAAAAUCUUAUAUUAACUGGUAGUUAAUAAAUAUUCCAAAUGUCCAUUCCUCUUUCAUCAGCUCUUUAAGGUUAUUUUUUUAACACUGGCAUUUUUAGAAAUAUUACCCUUCAUUUAUUGAACUAAAAGUUGCAGUAAUUUUGGCACAAAAGUAAUUUUCUAGUUAAGGAGAUGUUUGGGAAAGAAUUAACACAUAAUUAUUCAAGAAUAUAAGAAAGUUCAUAAUUUAAAAAUUAUGUUUUGCUACAACUUACAUGUGAAGCUUAUUUAAAUGCCUCUAUUGGUGUACCUUUCUAUAUUUUAAUCCACAAUUAUCCCAUGGAUAUUCAGAGUUGUGAAUUUCUGGAUGAUAUUCCCUAUAAUUUGUUUUUAGACUAAAACAAAAUCUCACAGUAUUAAUAGCUCUUCUGAAGGUGACUGAUCCUGGAACAGAAUCUCCCAGGUUUAUAUAUAUUUGGUAGAUUGCUUUAGCAGGAUACAUAGCUUUUGUUCCAGUGAAACAAAGUUCAUGUCAUUCAUUGUUUUUCAUAUGUGUGACAGUAGCCUCUGAGUAAUUGACAUGACCAGGGUCUGAUGUUCUAAAUUUAACAUGAAGCACAUAAAUUCAAAUUUCUACUAUCAUUUCACAAAUUUGCUUUUUUCAUAAUUAACUUGGAAAUACAAAAAAAAAGGACCCCAAAUUGAGAGUUUCAGGGGAGAUCCUAAUAUGGAAAUGGAUCUCUUAUAGGUCUUUCCAAAAGUAAAGCCUGUGAAACAUUUUCAUUAUAAUGUUAUUCUUUGAUUUAUCUCUGAUAAAACCAAGAAAAAUAUCUACUGUAUAUUUAUUUUCAAGUUUUUUCUAAAAUCAAAGGUUUUUGAUUACAAUUUUCAGAAUUAUUCUUGAUAGAUACUUAAAUAGGCUAUUCUCUCCUACUUGGACAAUGCCUUGUUUUCUCACGUGAAUUCUAUUCUGCUUAUUGACCAAGUAUAGAACCAAUUUAGGAUUCUUAACAUAAACCUAGCCCAAGGAUACCAUCCUAGCAUUUUGCAAUCUGCAUAACCACUGCAUUUCUGUGAGGCCCAUGCUAGGACCUUUGGGGAGGAAUCUGGUUUUCUGGUGGCUUUGCUUAUCACUCAGACUGUCAUUUCAUAUUAGAAUGCUAAUAUAAUACACUUUGCUGCUCUUUGUUGAGCAAUAAGAAAUAUUCUUUUAAUUCCUACUUCUUAAGCCAAUUUGUUAUACUCAGUUUAUUUCCAGAAGUUAAUUCCAGCAGUAAUAUGCUGGCCUUUGUUGUUUUCUUUGGGUUUUACAUUUCUUUUCUGAUAGAAGAAAACACUAUUCAAAUGGGUAGUUACUGCUCCUCUUCCUUCUUCCUAGACAGCUUAGCUCCUGGUAAAUGCUAUGCUCAACUUUUAGAGGCCAGUUUCUAGACUUCUGUAAAGCACUCAGAUGCAGUGUCUCCCAGGUGUGGACGAACACUCAGUCAACAGAAAUAGGUAUUGAUGAGUACAGACCACUGCCCUGCUGCAUAUUUUUUUUUCACAGUGCUGGGGAAUGAACCCAGGGUCUGGCACAUAGCAGACAAGUGCUCUACCUCUGGCUACAUCCCCAGCCCCUGCUAUAUAAUUCUUGGAGGAGAUAAUACCUUUGUCUCUUUCCCAAGCUGCUCCAGUAAUCCAUAAGAGCAGAGAGGAUGCUCCAAUGGCUCACAGAACCAUGUCCGUAGCUCUUUUCUGAUGCCUACUAAGUCCAGGUUAGGGUUCCCAGUAAGACACUAGAAAGAGAAUGCUUCAUGACUGUGGAUUAGCUUCUGUGGUCUGAAGGAGUUAUCUUUCUCAGAGUGUUUGACACCAAGGACAUUGUUCACUCAUCAAGCAGGAUUGGAUGGAAUGUUGGUGUUCCGUCUUCUCAGGGACCAAAAAUGUAUCAUCAUCUUUUUAGUGUUGACCUUCCUACCAAUGACACCUCUGUUCAUUUUCUGUAUGUCUUACUCAUAUUCAUAGCUAGAUUCUGUUAACUUCAGUUAGCAAAAGACCAAUUUGCAUAUCAGUCAUUCCACAAGCCAAUUUAUCAUAUAAAAUACCUCAAUUUGUUGUAUUCCUCAUUUCCACUCCACAAUUGUUACUGGUGAUGAAUUUUAAGGGUCUGUCCUUUAGCUCAUAGGUGAUUUUUCACAUCUGGCCAGAUUCUUAUACCUCCAUGUAUACUUGAAAAGAUUAAGAAUUAUAGGAACAGGCAUGAGAAUUUGGCCUAAUACCACUGCUCGUUUUUUUUUUUUAUACACAUUUCUCAUAUGCUAUCAAAUGCAACAAAACAAUUCUAUUUUAAGAGAAUGUAACUUCUGUUACAUCAAAAUACACUGUCUAGUUUAAAAAGUUGAUAUUCAGUAGAACAAUGAUCAUGUAAAUAAACAUCUAUUUCAAAUGUACCCAAAGCAAUUAAAAAGCAGAGUCUAAGGCCCAGAGAGCCAGGGAGAAGGAUUUAUUUCUUCUUUUCUCUAAUUUUCCCUGAAUUGUGCAAAUAUAGGUGAGUUGCUUAACCUUUCUGUGCCUCAGUUUUUCUACCUCCAAAGGGGUGGGAUGGUUCUCCAAAUUGAUUGUACCUAAAAUGCUAGCACUUUUAGUAGUGUUCUGAUGGUCUCAGAUCUGAGAGCACCAUUCUCAGAACUGCUCUGGAAAUGACAUGGUAGAUAGAACUCAGUUUGCAUUGACCAUGGAGUCUGCUCAGGAUGGUGCUGUAGAGCAUGUAGCUCCAAGCACCAAGCAAGUAAAGGAAACACUGGGUGUAAAGUUUGCAUGAUUCUGUAAAGCUUUAAUUUUCCUUUUUUUUAAGGAAGGAUUUUAUAUAUUCUAUUGUAAAAUAUGGAAAUUAAACAAGGACUUUUAAAACUGCACUGAAAGCUCACAUUCUGAUGGGGUAAUGAGCUCCUCUGAUGUUUGGCUUAGGCUGUGUUCUACAGAAGGUUUAAUGAUCUAUGUGACCAAUCGAUUCUUUUGCAUUGAAUUUGUAAGGAAUAAUGCUAAACUUUCUGCUUUCAAGCAGCUCAACCCUGAUGAUCAACUAUCUGAUACCAGGUGAAUGUCAGGAGCUCCCCAACCACUAGUGCCAAAAGGUCACAUUGAAAACUCAGAGUGUUUCUUUUAUUUGUCAGAAAUAUUAAUUUACCCCUCCACCUCGUCGGUAUUUUUGCACUUUACAAGGUUUAAGAGUGUUGAUUUUCAUAGCAUUCCUGAGUGUUCUUGGCUUUUUGAAGUACAACUAUUAUUUCCUUAUAAAAUAUAAUAUAAUCAUGAAAGGAGGAAGAAGUCUAGAUUUUAAAAAAUGUCAAAUGUUGAUUGGUUGCAUUCAAGUUUUUCCAUGUAAAUGUAUCAGGGGAGCUUCCAAUUAGCAUACAUACAUACACACAUUUAUCAAUGACUAAGAUUUGCUUAUGUUUUGCUUUAUAGAAAUAGUCAUAGCAUGUGUUAUUGCCUUAUGUAAAUAAAAAGGCUAUUUAUUAAGUUUUCCAAUAAUAUUUAUUAA